GCGGCGCGCGGCCUAACGGCGGCGGCGGCGGCGGCGGCGCUGGUGCUGGUGCGAGCGAGUUCGGCGGGUGCAGGUCCCGGCCUGCGCCUGCGGAGGACUCGGGCGGUGGGUCGAAGCGGGUGGCGCUCGCGGCAGGCUGCGCUCCGCGAUGGUGGGCGUCCCUGGAGCAGCGGCCUUCCAGCCUAGCAUUGUUCUGACUGCAUGGAGUGGAUGUACUACUGAACCAGGUGUUUUACUUCAGCUGUACCAUCUGUGGGAGCAGGUGGACAGAGCUUCUGUCAUCAGGAAAACACAGCUGUUGGUUGUGAGAAAAGGGUGCCAGCAAUGCCUGGAUCGCCUGUGGAAGUGAAGAUACAGUCAAGAUCCUCACCUCCUGUCAUGCCACCCCUCCCACCAAUAAAUCCUGGAGGACCGAGGCCAGUGUCCUUUACUCCUACAGCAUUAAGCAAUGGCAUCAACCAUUCCCCUCCUACCCUGAAUGGUGCCCCAUCACCACCACAGAGAUUCAGCAAUGGUCCUGCCUCUUCCACAUCAUCUGCAUUAACAAAUCAACAGUUGCCAGCUACUUGUGGUGCUCGGCAGCUCAGCAAGUUGAAACGCUUUCUCACUACUCUGCAACAGUUUGGCAAUGACAUCUCACCUGAGAUUGGCGAGAAGGUUCGAACUCUGGUUCUAGCAUUGGUGAACUCAACAGUGACAAUUGAAGAAUUCCAUUGCAAGCUCCAAGAGGCUACAAACUUUCCUCUUCGUCCAUUUGUGAUUCCGUUUCUCAAGGCCAACCUGCCCCUGCUGCAGCGAGAACUGCUGCACUGUGCCAGGGCUGCCAAGCAGACCCCAUCCCAGUACUUGGCUCAGCACGAGCACCUUCUGCUCAACACCAGUAUCGCAUCUCCUGCUGACUCUUCUGAACUGCUUAUGGAGGUUCAUGGAAAUGGGAAGAGGCCCAGUCCAGAAAGGAGGGAAGAGAAUAGUUUUGAAAGAGAUACAGUUCCUCCUGAACCACCUGCCAAGAGAGUAUGUACUAUCAGCCCUGCUCCCCGGCACAGUCCUGCCCUCACUGUGCCCCUCAUGAAUCCUGGGGGCCAGUUCCAUCCUACCCCACCACCUCUUCAGCACUAUACUUUAGAAGACAUUGCAACUUCUCACCUUUAUCGGGAACCCAACAAGAUGCUAGAACACCGAGAAGUUCGUGAGAGGCACCACAAUCUUAGUCUGAAUGGAGGCUAUCAAGAUGAGUUGGUAGACCACCGUUUGACAGAAAGGGAAUGGGCUGAUGAAUGGAAACAUCUUGACCAUGCCCUGAACUGCAUUAUGGAAAUGGUAGAGAAAACAAGGCGCUCCAUGGCGGUUCUGAGGCGCUGUCAGGAAUCUGAUCGUGAAGAACUCAACUAUUGGAAAAGGCGAUUUAAUGAAAACACAGAGAUGAGGAAAACUGGGACUGAGCUGGUCUCCAGACAGCACAGCCCUGGGAGCACAGAUUCGCUCAGCAAUGAUUCUCAGCGGGAAUUCACCAGUAGGCCAGGAACAGGAUAUGUACCUGUGGAGUUUUGGAAGAAAACAGAAGAAGCUGUGAAUAAGGUGAAAAUUCAGGCCAUGUCAGAGGUGCAGAAGGCUGUAGCUGAGGCGGAGCAAAAAGCUUUUGAAGUGAUUGCAACAGAGAGGGCUCGAAUGGAGCAAACCAUAGCGGAUGUCAAAAGGCAGGCUGCAGAAGAUGCUUUCCUGGUCAUCAAUGAGCAAGAAGAGUCCACAGAGAAAAUUGUUGUUCAAGCUUCAUAUGUGGAUGUAUGGUCUUCAGAAGAUAGUUGUGAGACCUGGGACAGGGGACAUGUGCCCAUGAUCCUGGCAUUUGGGAGGGAGAAGCAGGAGGAUCAGGAGUUCAAGGUCAUCCUCAGAGGACUCAGCCACAGAACUGCUGGAACUGUGGCCGAAAAGCCAGUGAGACCUGCAGUGGCUGCAAUAUUGCGCGCUACUGUGGGUCCUUCUGCCAGCACAAAGACUGGGAGCGGCACCACCGCCUCUGUGGCCAGAGUCUACACGGCCACAGUCCCCACAGCCAGAACCGGCCACUGCUCCCCGGAGGGCGGGGCUCAGCCAGGUCUGCUGACUGCAGUGUGCCCAGCCCAGCCCUGGACAAGACCUCAGCCACCACCUCACGUUCCUCAACACCUGCCUCUGUGACAGCCAUCGAUGCCAAUGGACUCUGAGCCACGGACUCUGCCCGCCCUGAUGACCACUCCACAUGGCAGAAUGCUCACACCAGGGAGCUGGCAAUUAGAACAAGUAGCCGUUGAGUCAUCAGCAAGAAACGAAUUGGCAAGAAGCAUCCGGAGGCACUCCACAGCUUCUCUAGGAUUGGCCACGUGUCCUUGGGAGAACUAGUGUGUCAGUCUCUGCACAUAGGAAGUAGCUUGAGCUGCCUCCUCCAUGGCUUUCCUGAUGUUUCUCUUCCAGCUAAAACUGGUAUAACCAGCCCUUCCUAGUGUAGACCACUAGCUUCCUCCGACUCCUUGCAUCAGCAGAUUGUCUCUAGUGUCCCACCAGGCACCUGUGCCCCAUACCAUCCACAGUAGAGGCCUCAUCUCCACCCUCAAAAGACACUGAUUGGUCUAACAGACUCGAGUAGCCAAAAAGCAGUACUCAGGACUCCUUCCUGAGCCACUCAGACCUGCUAAAUGCUCAGACAUGCCACAAAGAAGCCACCACUUCAGUAAAGUCUCUAGCAAUGGUAAUAAAUUAAAGCAGUCUUCCCCAAGCAUCGUAGAUAGUUUUGGACAAGAUUUUCCAACCUGGCCAGCUCCAUCAGUUUGGAGCCCAUCCUCCAACGCCAGUGUUUCACUUGAUUUUGCUUGUGCAAAAAAUAAUCUCCAUCGCAUGGAUUGGUCUGAAAGAGGAUGAAACCAUUGUGUUAGUCUUUUCUCUGAGCAUGUUGGCCAAACUAAACCAUUGAGUGCAUCACCUCUUGGAAAUGCAAAACCCUCUGCUGCUGCUUGACUGUUCGAACAGUCGUCUUGUUCUUUGUGUCCUUUGCUCUCUCAGAUGGUGCAUGUCUGGAUCACUGCAGAUAUCUCUUGCCCAUGGAUUCUGUUUGGCACCUGUCAGGCUACAGUUUGAGCAGUGCUCCUGACCCUGGUGGGAUUAUCACACCUGGUUUUGUGGCAUUACACCCCUUCAUGGGUUCAUUAUCAGGUGAACAUUCUCAGCCUCCUUUUUCUGUGUUAUGUGUUUGAUAGCAUCCCUCACAGCUCAGAAAGAGUUUGUGAAGUGUGGGAACCAUUUUGAAAAGCCUGACUGGUUUUUCUUCCCAUCUUCAGGGAUUUUUUUCAAUAUCCUGAUUCUCCAAAUAGAACAUCAUCUGUACCCUAUUUAUCAGGCUAAGUACUGCCAUUUGAGUUUUGUUAGAAGCCUGAGAACCUUGCCCCUACCACUCAUUAUCCUCCAGUAUCCUCUUGCCCUAUACAGUCAAUUGGGAUGAGUCAUUGACUUGAUCCUGUUGGCUUUUGGAAGCUGUGGUCACCUUCUGUACAAUGACCAAGCCUGAGUACUAGCCCUUGCCCCAUAAAGGCAUGGAUGGCAUUGUCCUUGCAUACAGUUAAAACUGAUUUUAAGAUUUUUGAGUCCCUGCAGGGCGGUGGUGACACACACCUUCAAUCCCAACACUUGGGAGGCAGAGGCAGGUGGAUCUCUAUGUUUGAGGCCAGCCUGGUCUACAGAGCUAAUUCCAGGACAGCUAGGGCUACACAGAGAAACCUCGUCUCGGAAAAAAAACCAAAAAAGAAAAAGAAAAAAGAUUUUUGAGUCCCUACCUUAUUUGAACAAGAAUUUUCAGUCUUAGAAAGUUAGACCUUUAAAAUCAUGUUUCUGCAUAGAAUACCCAAGACCCACUGCUUGUCAGACAGCCUAGUGCAGCCUGGCCUCCCAGGCCACAUCCCCAUCAGCCUGCUGUUGUAGUGUCCUAGCCACUGGGGACAACUUUGAUUUUCUAGGUAGAGUCAGGGCUGUGUCAUGAGAAGAUCCCAGGCUUCUGGGAGUCUGAGAAUGUCUCCUGGUGUGCCCUGGGUCCAUUAUUCAUUAGUAAAUUGGAUGAACACCCAAGUUAAAAUCUUGCGGCCACAGGACUACUCCAGAUAGUUAGAAUAAAGAUCUGGAACCAGCACACUACUUCUUACCAGGUUGGAGAUCAGUUUCUACAACAGAGGUUUGGGGUGAGAGCCUGGCAUACUUUUGUGGGCUACAUGGUUGCCCUAACAGAUUCUCAGUUUCUAUAGUCCUAUUUGGGGACUGUGUGGCUUCUGUGCCCUGCAUAGGUUUGUCUAUUGACCUAGACAAUACUUGACACUAUAUAGUUCAGUUCUCAGACCUGUCACUGUCUUGACUCUGGUCAGUAUCACUCUUAAGUGGCAUCUGCUUAGGACUUGCUUUUCAGAGUCAAGGAGUUCCUUUCUGCAGUUCUCCAGCUCCUUCCUAGUCAGGAGGAGCAGCAGCAGCAUCUGGGGUAGGAGCUGGAGUUACAUGAGUGAGUCCUGGCUCCCCACUUCAUUUCUAGUCUGCUAAUAUGACCCGUUACUAGGCUGCAAGUGAACGUAAAGCUUCCAUUCAUCACACUAAGACAGAAAAGAAGAAACAGCUGAGUCAGCCUACUCAGAGGUCUGGCUUCUGCAAUAACUAUUUGGGGAACAAGAAAGAUCAGGCCUUUAUCAUCCUUUUCCAAGUGAGAUAAAAUCGCAGGAACCAGACAACACCAAAAGGUAGCCAGACUGGAGUUACACAGUCAUUUCUCACUCCAGCAAAUGGUGAAGACUUGGUAGGUAGGACACUGUGGAAGCUAGGUUGAGAUGUGGCAUAUUUGGUAGUGUGGCUAGCACGCAGAAGUCCUGGAUCUGAUUCCCUGUAUGACAUAAACCAGCCAUGGUGGUGCAUAUCUGUAAUCUCAGCAUUUGGGAGGUGGAAACAGGAGGACCAGAAGUUUAAGGUCAUCCUUAGCUACAUAGCAAUUCCAAGGCCAGCCUGAGUUACAUAAGACCUAUCUCAACAAAAAGACCCAUUGAAGAAGGGUCCCUGCAGCAGCUCCAUCAGAUUGACUCAUGCCAACAGGUGGUGGUAAGGGCACAGGCUGAGUGGUUUUUCCCUGAGUCUCUAAGUCACAUGCUGCCAUCUAUCUGUGUGGAAACAACAUUGCACCCCCACCCCCAGGUCUGCUCAGGGCGUUGGCUGUUCUGCAGUGUGGACUCUUACCCAUUUGAUCCCCGGGAAGUGCAUUUUAGUUUGUAUAUCCCUGUCCUAAAAGAUGAAGUGGCCCGUACCUGCUUAUAGAGUGCGAAGACAUUUUUCUGAGUGAUUCUGGAAGCUAUCUCAGCAAGUAUGUGAGGACUCACAGAACUGCAAGUGUAUGGUAGUGGGUUCUCUCUGGAGCAUAAGGAAUGAGCAGAUGGCCAUCGUCCUGGAAACUGCAGCCGGGAUUGUGAGUUGAAUAACCCAUUACAAAUAGGACACAUCUUGAGGCUUUCUUCAGAACUGUACUAGAACCAAGGUUUCCAGGCUCCUGGCACAGGAGACCAAGCCAGUGUGCUUUGAUUAAUGUUAGCUGUUUGCAGAGAACUGGGUGGUGGCAUGUUUGAACCAAAUGUGAGAAAAACCAGAAGGAACUGAGCUGGCCAUUGUGGGCCAGGUGGCCAGCUGUGGAAGAUCCUUGACCCGGCAGCUGCUGAGCAGAGCCUGCCCACUCAAGUAUAUUCCUUGUAAAGCCAAAAUGCUGAACUACCUGCUUCUGUCUUAUGUGUUGACACCCAUUUCCAAAGAUGAUGGAGUAAGUGUGAACGAGGAGGAGGUUGAGGUGGUGGGUGAUGAUUCGCCCCUCCCAUCUCUCCUUCCACAGCCCAGGAGGUGAUGCUUCCCACUCAGACCACAUCUUAUCAGGCCUCCAGAUGCCCAGUGUAAACUGUCAGUGCUUAUACCAAAUAGGGCAUGUGCAGCUGGUGUCUGUCAGGGACAGCCCAGUCCCUGCCGUGUAGUUGCCAGGGAGAAGCUGCAACAGUUGUUCGGUGAAUGGUUGAAAGGGCUGUUUGAUAUAAGGCCUUCAUUCCAUUCCUGUGGCUUUCCAAGUUCCUGAUGAGGCUACAAAGGCUCCAUCCCUACAGAAAACCAAUAAUGUAAAUAGAAAGCCAAGCCUUCAAGCAUGGUUUGCAGAGGUGGGUGAUGAAUGUGAAGCCACCUGCAGGACACAUUUGAGUCUGGUUUUUCUGUGCUUUGUCAUUUGACUCAAUAGGAACUUUUGUUACUUAACUCUGUGUAUAACUUAUUUAAUGUACUGUAUAAAUGAACCAAAACUGUUAAAUACGUAUUUAGUUUGUUCUACUUAAAGUAGUUAAUAAAAAUGCUAUAUUCCUUUUCUGACUCAA